UGCUUUUUUUUUUGCUGAUGUGUUGGCAGCUUUUCAGACGGUAUCGCACUUUUUCAAAAAGUCACGAGUUCAACCUCAUACCCUACCUUUGGAGGUGAUGUUGCCACUAAAACUGAGCAGAAGCUGGUCUCCUUCACACAUGCAGCUCUCAGAAGAAACCUCUGGCAGGCUGCUGUAGCCCUGGGCUUUGAGUUUUGACAGCUCCCAGUUGAGGUCUCUGCUGGGCAGGGCAGCGACCAGGACUGUGUGGGGCUCGUCCAGUUUACGCUGCAGGAUGAUGGUGACUGUGUGGCAGCAGACCGACUCCUCCAGUUCCUCUGCCAGGGAGAUGAGGUGACAGGGCUGCAGCUGAGAGAGGAGGCGAACCACCAGCAGUCUGAGGAGAGGAGGUAGAAAGAAGAAAAAUUAAGAAGUGAAGCUCAGAGUAGAGAUUAGAUAGCUGCUGAAUAGAGGGAAGAGAUGAGUCUGUUAUCUUUGGCUUGAGUACAGACUUAAUACACUUAAAGACAGAAUGAAGACUUCAUAUUACCUACUGUACAUAGAUUAUUCUCUGGGGAAGCUGUUUUAGAUAAGACAGAACUAUUACCACUGAAAGAAAUAACCAGAAUCCAUGCUUAUUAAAGGAGCAGUGCACAAUCUAUGACUAUGGCCAAUAUUCUUAUUUAAGUUGGUCAUAAAAACAAAGGAAAGCAGAUUUUCUUUCAUUGCCUCAGAUGUCUUCAGAGAACGAUUUAACAAUACUAAAGCCUGGAAUUCAAAGCAUUUCAGCCCCCCUUUAUCCAACCUUACUGCCUGUCUUAAACCCCUUAUGUAAAGACAAGCCUACUUUAAGUCGGGUUAGUAGUAGUGUUUCACGUUUCUUUUCUCAUCAUUGAGUGUAAGAGUGGACUGAACAUGAAGAAAGGCUUAAAACCAAGGAGGGAAGAAAGAGUAGGCGCAUGAGCCAGAGUUGUUCCUUUGUGUCUUUGCACAUCAAACUUUUUCAUGUUUAAGUUUCCACCAGAGCUCAUCGCCCAAAAGGGCAAUGUCUUCAACUUCCUCUAUGUGGUGGGAGGACUGCUGAUGUCGGCAGCUACUGGUAGUCAGUGUGUGGAUGUGGUUGUGAGGACGGCUCAGAGCCCUGCUAUGCUGCUAUGCCUUAAAAACACACUCAUAAGCCUUGUAGGCUUCGGAUGCCAAAUACAAGCUGCCAAGUCUGCUUCAAAACUGAAACUAAAAAGGCUGUAUUUCUCUGAAAGUUUCAGCAUCCUAUUUGAAAUGACAAAAACACUGCAAGGAACUUCUGAUUUAAAGUUUUUAAGCUUGAUCCCUGAGAAGCAAAUUAACCUGGAGUCAACUUCUGCAAAUUGUAUCUCAGCAAAAAGAGGCAGAUUUUUCUACAUACUCAUUUGUGGUGUGAAGAAACGGACCAUUUUGAUUCUGUGUAUUGAGAGCAAAAGCAGAACUUUGAAAACCUUCAAACCAGCAAAGCAGCUACAGUGGCUGAUUAACUUUGGCAGCAAAGCGCAAACAAGAGGAGAUGUGAUUUUUCUUCUACUGAGUGCACAAACUGAACCAAUCAACAGCAGAUCUGACAACAACGACUCUUCAAGUCUGAACCUGUUUGCGUCUGUUCUGUUUGUCUACUUUCUUUGGAUGUACUUGCCUCAUGUUUCAGUUUUUGCUUUGAUCUAUUUAGGUUUGAAGGUACAACAAAGCAUCCACUGAGUGCUGCACAAGCAGUGUUGCUCAUAAUAGAUAUUAUUGAUGUGUUUGGACACUUAGGAAGCUCAUUAGAAUGGCAACCCGGUGU